AGCCGGGAGGGUCUGGACCACGGGAGCCCGAUCGCGCGGCAACGGCCGCCUAGAGCGCGCAGCGCCGUCAGCCUGCGCUCGCAGCACACCAGCGCGCGCACGCUAAGGGGUGCGCGGUGCUGAGCGCGCGCCGAGCGGCCGGGGGCGCGCAGGCCCUGCCCGCCCCUUCCGUCCGCACGCCAGCCGCCCCGCCGGCCCUUCCUCUCCCACCUUCCACUCGCGGCCCGCGCCCCGCACCCGGCGGCCCCCGCGUCCUCCUCCCGCGGCAGCGCUGUCCGCGGCGGCCGGAGCGGGCCGGGCCGGGCCAGCGGGCCGGGGGAUGGCGCUGCUGGACCUGGCCCAGGAGGGAAUGGCCUUGUUCGGCUUCGUGCUCUUCGUGGUGCUGUGGCUGAUGCAUUUCAUGUCCAUCAUCUACACCCGGUUACACCUCAACAAGAAGGCAACAGACAAACAGCCGUAUAGCAAGCUUCCUGGUGUCUCUCUUCUGAAGCCACUGAAGGGGGUGGAUCCUAACCUAAUCAACAACUUGGAGACAUUCUUUGAACUGGAUUAUCCCAAAUAUGAAGUACUCCUUUGUGUACAAGAUCAUGAUGAUCCAGCCAUCGAUGUAUGUAAGAAACUGCUUGGAAAAUACCCAAAUGUCGAUGCUAGACUAUUUAUAGGUGGCAAAAAGGUUGGCAUUAAUCCUAAAAUUAAUAAUUUGAUGCCAGCAUAUGAAGUUGCAAAAUAUGAUCUCAUAUGGAUUUGUGAUAGCGGAAUAAGAGUCAUCCCAGACACAUUAACUGACAUGGUGAAUCAGAUGACAGAGAAAGUGGGGUUGGUCCACGGGCUGCCGUACGUAGCGGACAGACAAGGCUUUGCUGCCACCUUAGAACAGGUAUAUUUUGGAACUUCACACCCAAGAUCCUAUAUCUCUGCCAAUGUGACUGGCUUCAAAUGUGUGACGGGAAUGUCUUGUUUGAUGAGGAAGGAUGUGCUAGAUCAGGCAGGAGGGCUUAUAGCCUUUGCUCAGUACAUUGCUGAAGAUUACUUUAUGGCCAAAGCAAUAGCGGACCGAGGUUGGAGGUUUUCAAUGUCUACUCAAGUUGCCAUGCAAAACUCUGGUUCAUACUCAAUUUCUCAGUUUCAAUCCAGAAUGAUCAGGUGGACCAAAUUGAGAAUUAACAUGCUUCCUGCUACAAUAAUUUGUGAGCCAAUUUCAGAAUGCUUUGUUGCCAGUUUAAUUAUUGGGUGGGCAGCCCACCAUGUAUUCAGAUGGGAUAUCAUGGUCUUCUUCAUGUGCCACUGCCUGGCAUGGUUUAUAUUUGACUACAUUCAACUCAGGGGUGUCCAGGGUGGCACACUGUGUUUUUCAAAACUUGAUUAUGCUGUGGCCUGGUUCAUUCGUGAAUCCAUGACAAUCUACAUUUUCCUGUCGGCAUUAUGGGACCCUACUAUAAGCUGGAGAACUGGUCGCUACAGGUUACGCUGUGGAGGAACAGCAGAAGAGAUCCUGGAUGUGUAAGGAGACCUCUGUGACUGAUUGCGCACAGUACGGAAUGGAAGUGUUAUAAAUUAUGUUUAUAGAGACACUUUCCAGGGUCUCCCUUCAGUAGUUUAUCACAUGGAUGUUUUGGAAUCUGCUCUUUAAUUUAUUUGCAUGGCACUUGCAUCUGUGAAAAGCAAAAAAACAAAAGCAAAACAUGUCUGUAGUCUUGGCCAAAUAGUAUAUCUUGUGGAAGUAGAGAAUCAAGACAAUUGGUUCUAGGAAGUGGGGUUUGUUUUUUUGUUGUUGUUGUUUAUUUUUUUAAACAAAUAAAUAUAUAUAUCUAUAUAUAUAUAUAUACACACACAUACACAUAUACAGGACUGCUCUGCAGCAGACACUAUGACAGUAUCCUUCAGUAGGGAAAGUUUCUUACCUGAGUUCCUCUGAAUCUGUACGGGCAGAACAGCAGCUCUGUGAGAGAAGUCAUGGCCUCUCCCCUGUGUGAAGUAAAUGCUGUACAGAGAGAUGCCCACUGGCUGAGAAACUUUUUCAUGCUUUAUGCCUACCUCUUGUAGUUGUUGCAGAGCAAAUAGAAGUUAGAAGUUGUAAUACGGUAGCUAGGCCUUGCAAAAACAAAUGGAAAACUUUUAAAAAUAAUAAUAAUAAAAGAGCUGGAGUCUAGUAUUUAUAUAAAUCUGUGAGGUUUUUUUGUUUUGUUUUGGGUUUUUUUUUUUUCUUUUUUUUUUUUGUUUGUUUGGUUUUUUUGUUUUUUGGAUUUUUUGUUUUGGUUUUUGUUUUUGGUCUCAUUACAAUCGAACCAAAAGUGGUUGAGAUUGGUUUUUAAUGGUAACCAUGAAUUGAAGGCAUCUUUUGGACCAACUGUCGUUGGUUCUGUCUUGAACCAUAUUAAUCACUGUGCUGUAAUUAGGAGAGCUAAAUCUUUCCUUCCCUGCUCCUGGCUCGCCCAGCCUGCCCCGUCUUUCCUUCGCUUUUUUCCAGGGGGGCGAUGUUGUACAAGUGUAAGUGGAUGUUUUAUAGUGUAAGGAAAAUGCAUUUCAGACACAGCCACACAGGAGCUAUUUUCUUACCCAGUAUGUCUGUAUUGUUAAUAAGAAUGUAAUUUCAUGAUACAAGUAUUUAAUAUCUUUUUUAAGUGAGUAAAAAUAUUCUAGCUAUUGGCAAAUAGAUUACAGUAGACAAUUAGAGGAUAUGAUGAGGUUGACUCUUCAAAUCGAUCUGUAUUGAGCUAAGUCGACUGUGCGGCCUGUUGGUUUUUUUUUUUUUUACUCUAACAGUCUCGUGUUAUUUAAAUUGGAUUUUUGUAUUCAGUUUGUAUGACAGUAGACUAGGCCAGCUUAGCUGUAAAUGCAUGCUACACUUUCCUCUCUCUGUCAUGCAGCUAAGCUUGCUUGUCAGCCCGUGCUUAACUUGUGGUGAACUGGACUUUUGUUUAAAAUAAGCAAAAAUGUAAGGGACGGUGCACCGGCCUUUUCCCUGUCUUCUUAAGUAGAAGUUUGCUCGUCCUUCCGAAUUCGAGGGCGUGUUAUCCGUCUGAUGCUUGCUGUUACCCCCAGCACUUGGCAGCUUCCCAUCCACCCUGUGUUACUAUGGCUUCCAUCUCAGCACACAGUGUGUAGCCUAUUAGCAAUAACUUCCUGUGUAUAGAGAACAUUUUCAUCUUACUGAGCCAGCCCAUUUGCCUAAUGACUAUACAGACAGUCUAAAUUGCAAUAUAUCUGUAAAUGUGUAUAUACUAUAAAUACACAAUAUACUUACAUUUUUCUGGGCCAAACAGCGUUUCCUUUCCCCUCUUUUUCCCCUCUCUUGCCUUAUGAUGAAUUUGUUUGAGGGCAUUUUCUUCAUGAGCAAAGGCUUGGAUGCAUAUUCCUAGGUUUGGUUUUGUUUUUGUUUUUUUCUUUCUGUGAAAUGGGUAUUAUUAUCCCCGAGGAGAGCUGCACAGUGAGAACCAGUCUAGUUAUGACCCACUCCGUGUUGUUUUUUACAUUACUCUUGACGAGUCGAGUUUUGCUGAGCACGUUUGCUGCCCGUCGGUUUGUUCGGUGGAGUUUGGUGGACGCCUUCUUUGCACUGCUGAAGUGAAAUCUUGCUGACUACUUGGCUUUUUUGUUGAUCUCAGUAUGGGCAAAGAAACAAAAUCCAAAUGGCUGGACAGACUUCUGUAAAUAUUUUUUUAAAAAUAAACAAAUGUUCUGUAUGUGUGUGUUUUACGUGGUCAUGAAGUAUUUCCUUAAAGCGAAGCCUUGAGUACGCGGAGAGUAACUCUUUGUUUAGCAAGUUUGGAGUGAAGAUAAAAUAGCACGAAAUACUGUAAAAUGUCAAAGCACCACACCAGAACUGUAGGAGUCCAAAUUUAUAAUAAACUGUCUUUUUAAAAAGAAAACAAUUAAGUGUCUAGAAUACAUCAUGUCUUAUUAUUUUAAAUCAUUGUCUUAAGUUUUUUGUUGAGAGAAUAAAAAAUUUGAAUAUAAUCAA